AGCUUGAAGCCGGGAUUUAUUUCGGUAUGUUUCCAUUUUUUGUUUUUUAAAGCUGGGGAUACAAACAUUAAGGUUUUGGCUAGCCAGGGCUGAGAUAUGAUCAAAACGUUCGAAAAAAAAAAGCAUGCGGAAAAGAGGCUUGCAAAAGGGAGAGUCAGGUGAGCAAAAGCGCAAGGGGGCAGCCGCCUAUUGGAGCCCCUUGUACGGGUUUGAUGACACGACAUGCUGUGCUGACUUGCUGCGUUUCUGCUGCGUGUCUCGGGUUGCCUCUUCAUUGUCUGUAGUACGUAAAAGGAAUCAAAAUCCAAGGCCAUUGCAAUGGGAAUAGCAGAGAUCGUUUGUCCGGUUGGUAUCCGAUCCCCCCCUAAAAAAGGGAGCAUGUGAUUGAUUUCUAACGUGUCGGUUCGGAGCCGGAACUAAUUAAGAGGCGGACGGGAAGAGGAGUGUGGGAGAGAGGCGAGGAGCAGCCGCUUUGCUUGG